UCAAAAGACGGUAUUUUGGGCGCUAGGCUUCCUUCUGCAACAGGCAUGGGACUCGCUCUUGCUCGCUCUCUUUCUGCCGCCAUCUUGAUUCCCCAUUCCCUCCACAAAAUGCCCGGCGAAGCCACAGAAACCGUCCCCGGUAUAGAGCAGGAGUUGCUGCAGCCCCAGGCUGAGACAGGGUCUGGAACAGAAUCUGACGGUAAUGAGUCAGUACCAGAGCUUGAAGAACAGGAUUCCACCCAGGUAACCACACAACAAGCCCAGCUGGCGGUAGCAGCUGAAAUUAAUGAAGAACUAGUCAGUAAAGCAAAACAGAGGCGGAGUGAAAAGAAGGCACGGGAAGCUGUGUUCAAACUGGGUCUUUGACAGGUGACAGGAGUUACUAGAGUCACUAUCCGGAAAUCUAAGAAUAUCUUCUCUGUCAUCACAAAACCAGAUGUCUACAAGAACCCUGCUUUGGAUACCUGCAUAGCUUUUGGGGAAGCCAAGAUCAAAGAUUUAUCUCAGCAAGCACAACUAGCAGUUGCUGAGAAAUUCAAAGUUCAAGGUGAAGCUAUCUCAAACAUUCAGGAAAACACACAGACUCCAACUGUACAAGAGGAGAGUGACGAGGAAGAGGUCGAUGAAACAGGCGUGGAAAUUAAGGACAUAGAAUUGGUCAUGUCACAAGCAAAUGUGUCUAGAGCAAAGGCAGUCGGAGCCCUGAAGAACAGUAAUGAUAUUGUAAAUGCUAUUAUGGAAUUAACAAUAUAACCAUCUGAAAGCAACUUUUUUCGGUGUCUCAAAGGAGUAACUGCAGCUUGGUUUGAAAUUUGUACUGUUUCUAUCAUAAAUAAAGCUGUGGCUUCCUGUUGGAUGAAAAAAAAAAAAAAGACAGUAUUUUGCCAAAUUAAACAGAAAAGGGAGUUCAGUGGAAGAUGGCUCUGAUUUCAGGGUAAUAAUAAUGGUAGGUAACAAUUAAAUGGCAUUUAAAAAAUUGCUGAAUGCUUGCU